AUGACUCACGCCUCCCUAGUCGACGCCAGUGGUGCUGCCUUACUGGGUGGGUCAAGCAGUGGCAUUGGGCAGGAUCAGGCUCCUCGCCCUUCACGUGCCACUCCAAUUGGCGACUCCAAUUGGGCUGUAGGCAACAAGACACCUACCAACAAUCCCACCUCAAAUGCCAACAAAGAUGUCAUUAAUGUUCGUGCUCAGAGAAUUGGGGGACACAUUACAGCACCGCAACACGGUGGUAGCAAGCCACCACCACUACUCACUGCAAUGGGGAGCAUGGAGCAUUUGUUGGGGUUGGAAAGUGCUUAUGCUCAACUU